AUGGAGCAAGAAGAACAAUUGCAGAUGCUUCCAGAAGAGAUGAUAGUUGAGGUUUUCUUGAGGCUUCCUGCUAAAUCCGUUGGCCGAUUUCGUUGCGUCUCACAUCGGUGGAAUUAUCUUCUAACCCAACCUCAAUUCAUCAAAUCCCAUCUCAAUCUAACCAAACAACACCCAACAACUGCGGAAUCACUCAUCCUUGUUUCCCAUGAUCCUAUGAACUCAUAUUCUACCCAGUGGAACAAUGCCCACCACAUGUUCGACAAAAUCACUUGUUUUGCUACAAAACUCACUUUUGACGAUCAUCGCUUUUAUCCAGCAGAUUCUCUAUAUGGUUCUUGGGAUGGGUUGAUCUUAAAGCGGAAUUAUAAUCGAAAGAAGUUGUUUCUGAUCAAUCCAACAACACGAAAGUAA